CUGAUCCUGUGCUCUGCCUGCGUUCUGCUUAUGGAUAAAAACUAUCAAUGAGUAAGCGAGUGAGCGUCUACCCAUUUAAAUCGAGAACAGAAUACUGCCGGCUCAUGAAACAAAACGCCCAUUGAAAAGAACAACUGCGCACCAGCUCUGUGCACGCACAAAGUUUCCUAUGCACACACGAGCUUCAACGCAGAGAUGCACGCAGGCCUUUCAAUGGCGUGCACAGUGUAGGAAUAUGAAUAGAGAGAGAGGAUAUAGAGAGAGGGAGAUCGAGACGUACUUGACAGGAGAUAGUUCGGAGACAGAGCAAACGGGGCAGACGAGCGUGAGCGAUCGAGCGCAACGGACGUGUGUGCUUCAGCGGCGAAUUGUACAAGUGUUGGAUAAGCGACGGAAUAAACAGUGAAUUCUAUAAUUGGCGCAGCCGGUAUUCCUUUUUUAUAUACACAUACAUAGAACCCCGACGAGGUAUAAAAAUGGAUCCUGAAAAAUUUCCGCUAGAACCCUUCAAUUCCGACGUAAACUGUUCUGAUUUACGUACGGAAUGGGAAGAGUGGUUGCGAGCUCUUCUCCUAAUAUUGGAGCUAAAAGGGCCACUUUCACAGCAUGAGAAAUUCGUGUAUAUGCUGGCCCGAGGAGGAAGAGAUCUUCAACGCAUAUAUUUCAACCUAGGCCAAGCUGAGGACGAGAUCAUCCCAUCACAGACGCAGGUGCCAUUUGCGGCUCAAGAAACACCUGAAUUUGACAACGCCAUCAAACGCCUAAACAAAUUCUUCGUAGGAAAACGAAACGAACGCAUAGAGUUGGAGGUGUUUAGAAAUAUUAAGCAGGCAGAUGAGCCCUUCAAUCGGUUCAUGCUGAAACUACGCACUCAGGCGAAGAAAUGCGAUUUCGGAAUGCGCGAAGAGAAAGAAAUCCUUCAUCAAAUUACGGCAGGUGCUAGAGACAUUAAAGUCCGAGAUAAAGGGCUUGAAAAUGUCAUGAAGUUGGACGAAUUAGCCAAUUUCGCACUCAACAGGGAAAUCCUUGCAAAGCAGAAAGCAAUUUCUAAUAAUGAGCACGAAGCAGCGUCUGUGUCACACAUUAGACACGAUCGCACAGGAAACAAAAGGCCGUCCGCAAUGUCACCGGAAUGUGAUCGGUGCGGAUCUCGUGAGCACACAAGAGAAUCCACCGGUUGUUUUGCCCGGAAAGCCCGAUGUAACGAAUGUGGAAAGAUAGGACAUUUUGCUCGGAAAUGCAGCAACAAACGACGACAGCCUUAUUCUCCCUAUGUUUGGAAGCAACCAAGAUCAACAAACAACAUACGAGAGAUGGAUCGUUCUACUGCACGAGAGACGCGUCCUACAAGAGAGGUAAACGCACAACAUGAUAACUUAAGUACUUGAUGGAGGGGGAAUAUCUGAUAAGAUAGUUGGAUAAGUAGAAAUGAUCAUACGAGGGCUAGUAGAAUCCUAGUAAUAUGUUAACCUGAGUUUCGGCACGACUAAGCUUGAUGAAUUCACUAAUUAUAUGGAAAUAACUUAUACCCCACCACAGGCUAAUCGCAGUGACAGCUGUAUAAUAACUUGUAAAAUUGAUACAUACCCAGUAGAAUUCCUUAUUGACUAUGGAGCAGCAAUCAAUACGGUUACGGAAAUCGUAUGGAAAUCCCUUCUUACUGCUGGCAUCACAAUUUACAAAAAGAAAUAUGGCUGCGAUCGCCAAAUAACUGCUUACGCCAGUCAUAAACCCUUGGAGGUCAUUCUCAUCUUCGAAGCAGUCAUUUCUGUUAAUGAAGCAAAACCAACAGCUUAUGCAGAGUUUUUUGUAGUAAAAGGGGCGCACAAGUCUCUGUUAAGUAAACGAACAGCGGAAGAACUAAAAAUUCUUAAAGUCGGUCUAAGCGUCAACAGCUUACAUAGCAAGUGUAACCCUUUCCCCAAAUUUCCAGGCAUACAAGUAAAACUUUGCAUUGAUACAUCUAUUACUCCAAAAAAAAUUGCUUAUCUCCGAAUUCCAGCGGCUAUGGAAGAGAAAGUAGAUGCAAAAAUUCAAGAAAUGUUGGAACAAGAAAUUAUAGAACCCGUUACAGGCCCACCAGAAUGGAUCUCACCCAUGGUGGUGGUCCCAAAAGGGAAGGACAACAUCAGACUUUGCAUAAACAUGAAAUACCCGAAUCAGGCCAUACAAAGGGAACACUACCCGUUACCCAUGAUCGACACGCUUCUGAACAAACUAAAAGGGUCAAAGUUCUUCUCAAAAUUGGACAUUACAUCAGCAUUCUAUCAUAUAGAGUUACACCCCAAAUCUCGCGGCAUAACUACAUUCAUGACAAGUAGAGGGCUCAUGAGGUUUACUAGGCUCAUGUUUGGCAUUAACUGCGCACCCGAAAUAUUCCAGAGAGUGAUGUGCCAAAUGUUGGAGGGCAUAAGCGGAGUUAUCAUUUACAUUGACGAAAUAAUAAUCGCAGGUGAGACCGAAGAAGAACAUGACCGAAGAGUAUCGGAAGUGUUGUCGAUAUUAAAGGAAAACAACGCGACCCUCAACAAAGAGAAAUGCGUUUUCAAAACUAAUUACCUCGAUAUUCUGGGAUACAAUGUAAGUGCUGACGGUAUUAGCCCCUCAAACUCGAAAAUAGAAGCGAUAAAUAAUUUUAGAACUCCGGCAACCAAGGAAGAGGUUCGUAGCUUCUUGGGUUUGAUAAAUUUCGUGGGGCAAUUUAUUCCCGAUUUAUCCACUCGUUCAGAACCUUUGCGCCAGUUUAUAAGAGGAGACGUUGAAAUAUUCGGUAAAGAACAAAAAGAAGCAUUCAUUAGCCUUCAAAAUGAACUUUCGGAAAACGUCCAUCGGUUAGGCUUCUUCGACCCAAAGGACUCGAUAGAACUUUACGUUGAUGCUUCACCUGUGGGACUUGGAGCAGUACUAUGUCAAAGAAACCCUUCGAAUAUACCCCGAAUAAUAAGCUUCGCGUCCAAAGUACUUACAAAAACUGAAAGAGUUUACCCCCAAACUCAGCGAGAAGCCUUAGCAGUAGUGUGGGCCGUAGAAAGAUUUUAUCUAUACCUAUUUGGCACAGAAUUCACAAUAUUUUCAGACCAUAAAAGCCUUGAGUACAUAUUCGAAGGGAAAUAUCAAGAUGGGAAAAGAGCGUGCUCGAGAGCUGAAGGGUGGGCACUUCGCUUACAACCGUACAAAUUUCAUGUGAAAUACAUUCCCGGCAAAAUUAAUAUAGCUGAUAGUUUAUCCCGUUUAUGCUUCCAAUCUCCAGACACAGAAAAACCGUUUGACGAGGAUUCAGAACACUACCUUUGCAAUAUUAGCGAAGGGGCGUCAGCAAUUACCUUAAAAGAAAUCCGAGAAGCAACACUCUGCGAUGAUACAUUGAAAGAUGUUAUGCAAGCUAUAGAGAACAAUAACUGGCCUCCAACGCUUGUUAGAUACCAAGCAUUCUCUAAAGAGUUAGGCGUGAUCAAUGGCAUCGUAGUUAGAAACGACAGGAUAGUUCUUCCUGUCAUCCUGCGUAAAAAGGCCCUGGACAUAGCACAUAGAGGACAUCCUGGAGUCGUGAGUAUGCGUCGAUACCUUAGGGAAAAUGUUUGGUGGCCUUACAUGGACCGUGAUGUCACCGAACGAAUCCAAGAAUGCGCGGGUUGCACUGCCGUUAGUUCCCAAACUCCAGCCGAACCUAUGCUAAGGAAAGAAAUGCCUGAGCGAGCGUGGCAAGACCUCGCCAUCGAUUUUUUCUCCGCGAAAGAGUUCGCUACAUUUCUUGUAGUCAUUGACUACUAUAGCCGCUUUACAAAAGUAAUCGAGAUGAAGCUAACAAAUGCAGCAAAAACUAUAGAAGCGCUAGAAUCAGUAUUUUCGGAACACACAUACCCAGAGACAAUCCGUUGUGAUAAUGGCCCUCCAUUCGCUAGUGAAGAAUUUAAAAAUUACUGUACAAAAAAGAAUAUUCGCCUCGUACACACAAUUCCGUACUGGCCUCAAAUGAAUGGCCUCGUUGAAAGAGCGAACCGCGGCAUCUUAAGAUCCCUACGUAUAGCCAAAUCACAGAAAACCGACUGGAGAGAGGACAUUAAACAAUAUGUUUACUCGUAUAAUACAACACCGCAUACCAUAACAGGUAAAGCCCCACUAGAACUAUUAACAAAUAGACCCGUGAAAGACUUGCUACCAUCGCUCAGAACUGAACCCUUCUGGAAUCGGGACGAGGCAACAAAAGACGAAGACGCUAUUAAGAAACAAAAAGGGAAAAUCUAUGCAGACAAUCGAAGGCAUGCAAGACCUUCCAACAUCGUCAUCGGUGACAAAGUUCUCAUAAAGAACUACGAACCUGACAAAUGUGCACCCAAGUUCCGCAAUGAUGAAUAGAUUGUCCUUAAACACUCGGGGAAUGACACAAUAAUAGUCAACGAACAAGGCAUCAAAUUCCGAAGACCAGUGUCCCAUUUAAAGAAGAUACAUCCAAAAAAGGAUUACGCGGAUAAUAAAUAUCAACAUAGUGGAACAUCGAUGCUAGGAGAAACUCCCACAAGCAGUACUCCUACUCAGAGCAGACAAAAUCAGGAUAACAAUUUGGGCGAACAUUCACGCCCAAAAAGAACGACUAAACUUCCAUCCAGAUACCAAUAAAUCCUUUUUCUCGUUCUAGAUUUGACCCACAAGGAAAAGAGAGAGAAAAACUAAAUCAAAUAACGGCGGUAUAGAUGAAGGACGGCCCGGACUGGAACUAGUAGUAAUAAGUUGCACUCAAAUUAAGUGAAAGCGAUGCAUAGUGGACUUUACGCAAAACAUCAUAGAAUAGAUUUUUUUCACAUGAUUUUCAUUUCACAUUUGCGGAUAGGGAAGGGAUGUAGGAAUAUGAAUAGAGAGAGAGGAUAUAGAGAGAGGGAGAUCGAGACGUACUUGACAGGAGAUAGUUCGGAGACAGAGCAAACGGGGCAGACGAACGUGAGCGAUCGAGCGCAACGAACGUGUGUGCUUCAGCGGCGAAUUGUACAAGUGUUGGAUAAGCGACGGAAUAAACAGUGAAUUCUACACACAGGAGAAACACCUGUGAGGGAAUGCCGAGUUCAUUGUGCGCGUGUCCAUUUCGCAUCGCUGUCGCAUGAACAUUCAUCAAUCAGCACACCAGGAACAAGCGCUGCUGUCGAUGCAAACUUUAGCUUUUAUCCAAGUGUGAACGCACGCUG